GUGCCGGCGGGUAGGAAGGGCUGGAGGGCUGUGUCCGCACGGAGCGGGGCCGCCCUGCAAGCGGGCUGGUGGCCGGGGGCAGGCAGCUGCCUGCUCGCCUGCCUGGGUGCAGGCAGGAACACCCCGGCUAUGGCAUAAAGGGAGCUGGAGCUCAGCGGUUCCCUGGGUGACGUUUAGCAGCGUGGCUGGUUUCCUGGUGUGGAUGGAUUUACCAAAAGGGUAGGGCACUUGCAGCUCUGCUGUUCGGCAGAGGAGGAGGAAGGUGCGCAGCCCCUGCUUUCCCCCUCCCCGGAUUCUGCCUUCCCAACGGGGGCGAGGAAUUUGAGCCCCACCGUGCCCAGGGGAUGCUGUGCUGCUUUUCCAGCCAGGAAGGUAUCGGAUCGGGGACUUUCCAGGUAUCGGAUCGGGGACUUUCCAGGACUCUGUGUGUGGCUGCCAUCCAAAACUGAAGAAGAAUGCCCAUCUCUGCUGCGUUCUCCACCUGAAAACAUCACCGGGGGCCGCUUUACUAGCUAAACUGUAGUAGAUCUGAGAUAACAUUUAUAGCAAGAACUUCCUGGGUUCUCCUCCAUCCCCUCAGCCAGACAGCCCAGCCCCCAGGGAACGUCUGCCUGGGCUGCGAUUAGUGCUGAGACCGGGUGAGCGAACGCGAUGGGAUGUGCGUGUGGGUGAGUGAUAAAGUCGUGCUUCUCGCCAGGCCUUAGCUCUGGGCUGGCACCGGCAUUGCUGUCCUUAGGUGCCUCUCGCACAGACCUGCAGGAUAUCGAAUGUAAAUGGCGAGGUUUCCCAGUCUAAUAAAACAAGAUUUUCUGUUUGUUAAUUAGGUGAAGACCACGAAGCCCUUAAAAUAGCAGCCUGUCCUACCUAGCGCGUAUCAUCAGCCAAACCCAGAGCAUCCCCCACAACGAAGGCACUGAGCAUUGCACCUCUCCCACCCUUCAGUGGGAUCCCUGGGCUCAGGUGAGGAACGUCAGAGGUACGGAGCCCUCCCCCUGACCAUCAUGGAGCCCACAGCUCACAGCCAACAGCAGGCAGCUACCCCUUCCAGCACGGAGACAGCAGAAGACCUUGCCUCCUGUUUAAAUGCUGCUGUGAGGAACAAAAAGCAAGAACGUGUGCUGGAGCUGCUGGAGAAAGGGGCGGAUGUGAACUCCAAAGCAGCGUUUGGCUGGACACCACUGCAGAGCGCUGUGCAAGAUAACAAUGAGGACCUGGUCCGGCUUCUGCUGGACAAGGGUGCUUGUCCACAUGCCAGGAAGGACAAUGGUGGCACCGCAUUUACUGAGGCAGCGAUAGUGGGAAACGUGAGUAUACUGGAGCUCCUCCUUGAUCACGGGUUAAAUAUUAAUGACUGUGACGACAACGGCUUCACAGCUUUCAUGGAGGCUGCAUGGUAUGGGAACGAGAAAGCCUUGGAAUUCCUGUAUAGCAAAGGAGCAGAUGUGAAUUUGAGGAGGGUAGUUAACGAGGAGAAAGCGAAACUGCAUAAAGGAGGUGCGACAGCACUGAUAGAUGCUUGUAGGAGGGGUCACUUCUCGGUUGUAAAAACUCUUGUCCAAGAGAUGGGGGCUGACGUGAACAUUUGUGACAACAAAGAUAGGAAUGCCUUGAUCUAUGCCCUCAAGGAGGGCUAUGCCAAGGAGAGAUACGAGUCGGCCGUCUCCAUAGGCCUUUUCCUGCUGGACCAGGGUAUUGAUGUGAACAGCAAAGAUGAAUGUGGGAAAAGUGCCCUCAUCCUAGCUGUUGAAAUGCGGAGCCAGGAGUUGGUGGAAGCUUUAUUGGAGAAGGGUGAAAUAGAUAUUGAUGAUGCAGAUGAGGAGGGCAAGACAGCGCUGAUGGUGGCUGUAGAGAAAAAUUAUUACGAGAUAGCAGAGUCGUUGUGUAGAAAAGGAGCAAGGACUGAUGUUGGGAACCUUAUUGCUGUUGCAAAUAGGAACCGUGCUCAUAGCAUGGCAGAGCUUCUUCGCCAGCAUAAUGCCAGGUUUGUUCCAGAAACCCUUGGAGACUGGGAGCCAAACAGCAGACGCUGGAGGGACCAGCUGAAAAAUCUGUAUAAAAUAUAUCGCCCUAUGAUUCACAAACUGAAGACAUUUCAAUACAUCCAGCAAAGAAUUCAGAACACUUCCCAGGGUGGCAUCUACCUGGGGCUCCACGGUGAGACAGAGGUAGCGGUAAGAGUAUGCCGCAGUACGGCGGGUGACAAAGAGACAGAGUUCUUCAAACAAUGUGGUAACUGUGAACAUCUGCUGAAGCUCUUCCAGUCUGAGAAGGCCAAAGGCUACGUGUAUUUGUGCUUCCCUCUCUGGGAGAAAAACCUUGAAGAACGUCUGCAGGAACGAGAAGACCAAAUGGAUUACAAAGAUGCUCUGAGGAUGAUCUUCCAGGCAGUGAGAGAGCUGCACUCCCUCGGAUUUGCUCACCAGGAUCUGCGUCCCAGCAACUUUUUCAUAGAUUUAAUUGGCAAAAUUUACUUGGCGGACUUCGAUAACAAAAGAAAGUUGAUUGAAGGCAAAAGAGAACUUGUCAACUCAGAUUUAGAGGCCCUCAGCAGGCUCGUGCUGUAUGUUUUAACGGGCGGUAAGAAACCCCUUCAGCAAGUCAGUACCGAGGAUUUGGCUGCUGAUUCCCCAGAUUACGAGGAGGCUCUGGACCUUGUAAGUAGCCUGGUCUCUCACGAUGAACGAGGCUUGGAAGGUUUGAGCAAACAUCCCUAUUUCUGGAGCAAACAGACGUUCAACUUCCUGAAGGGUGUAUGGAAUAAAAUCAAAGAUCUCUGCGAGCGAAAAGCUGUCUUUCAACCUCCUAACGCUACUGUAAUUUUUCCUUACCCGUCGUGGACCAAGGAGAUUGACAGAGAAGUUUUGAAUAUCAUGAGCAAUCCUAAGAAAGGAAGACCAUUCAGAUAUAGCAAUGAUGUCACCGACCUACUGAGGUUCAUCAGAAACCUGGAUGAACACCCAGAUACCAGGAUCAGCGAAAUCAUAGGAGACCACGCCAAGUAUUUCUUGAAGAUUUUUCCAGCACUUACCAUUUAUGUCUACAACAGUUUACGCCAGAAUCCCAAAUGCAGUCACUUUGCAGACAUUCAGGACCCUUCUCUGUAGGAUGUCGUUGCCUCAUAUACCAUGUCUGAUCCCACCAUCGCUGCCUCUUUUUAUUGCCUAUUUCUUCAUCUGCAAAAGAGUUGGAAAAAAGUGGGUAAGGAGAUGAGAGCGAGCACGUGCAGGGACAGGGCAUGGAGGACUUAGACUGAGAAAUGAAAGACGCUUCAGAAGUGUUUGAUGUCACAGCCAUGAGCUUUGGAGAGGAACCAAGUUGAGUGCUAGCCCAGGUCCCCCUUGACUACCUCUGUCCCUCUGGGUUUAUCUGUCUCUCUGAGGUGGAGAUCAAGGCCGUGAUCCUUACGGAGAGCAGGGAGAUGUGGGACAGCCCCCGUAUACCCAACGCAUCUGGGAGGCAGGAGAAGAGCUCAGGCAUUGCCAGACAACAUGGGAUUUCUCUGAUAAAGGAAAAGGCGUUUGAGCUCCUUGCUAGGGCCAGCAUUCCCUACAGCUUGCACUGAUGAGCCGCUCAUCUACCCCUAGAAAGGCACGGAGUCUCUCUUUUCAGUCUUUCUGAAACGCAGCAGCCAGAAAAUGAGAUGCCCAGGCAGUGGUCUGGCUGCCAUCACCCUUGGCCCGUUACCCCUCUGAUCUGGUAGAGGCACGCUGAGCCCAGCCUGCUGGGACCUGAACGACUUCUUUUGGGGGAUGCAGGAGGUGUUUCCACGAGGAACGGACAUGAGGAACAUGAUCUCACUAAAUUCUGCUACUGUGAGUAGUCCUGACUCGCUUGGAAAAGGUCGCUGAUGUCAAAGGGCCUGCAGGGACCCGUUCCUCCUGGAAAGGACAAGCUCCGUGGCAGGCCGCGACUGCAAGGCAGGACGUGCACGAGCACUCCCUGCGUCUCCAAAAUGGUGCUGCUGGUGGUGUGUCGCUCUUCUCCUGCCAGACUCGGCUCCCUUGCUCAGAGCUGGUGCCCAUACAGCCGUAGCAUGCAGCCAGCUCAGAGCUUUGAUAGUGGAGGCCAGGUGGCACAAACCCAUGUCUGAAAUCCUGCGGCAUGCAACGUGUGUCUGAUUGUCCAGGGGCUUGCUUGCUUCUCGGCUAACGCUCUGUUUUGCACAAUGAUUAUAUGUUGCUUACGGAAAUAUUUUUCAGCUGUUGAAAGGAUUUUUAAUCUUUUUUUCAGACUGAGAUUGUUAUUCUUUCAGUUAGCCUAUGGAGAACCAAACUUGGAAUAAACUUGCCUGGAAAACUGA